AUGUCGCUCUAUAAAAUUACUAGGCUUUUAGUCAGUACUUGUCAGUUCAAGCAGUAUAAUAUAUUUAAAUUCACUUAUUAUAGCACAUCAGAUACUUGUGGUUCCAGUUUUAAUAGUGAUAACUCAGGGGAAGAACAAGGAUCGAAACAAAACGCACCCACAUUUUACGAUUGUCGAAAAUACGGACACAAUUUGCCAUCCAAUAAAGUGACCCCUGAAUUCGAUACGCUUCCUGACAUACCGACGGGUAUCUUCAGAUGUACUACUGGCGAGGUACUGGGUUCGGGUGUAGCUGAUGGUACAUGCUAUCAAAAUCCAGAAUAUUUCUCAUUUCAUCAUAUGACUUACUAUGAUAUGCAUAUGGCUUUAAGACCGUAUCGCAACCCAAGUCCUAAGACGGGGCGGAAAAAAUAA